AUGACUACGCCAAGUGGUACACCAAUUCAAAGUUCGACUCAAGACGUUGUCUGGAUUCAGAUAUAUGAAAACGAGAAACCAGAAAUGGAAUUGAUAAAGUAUUUCAAGGAUAAGACAGUUGAACAAAAUAUCAAGAUUUAUUGUGAAAGGUAUAAUUUAGUCGGUGAAUCACGCUAUGCUAUCCACUAUGCCAGUGAUGGAAGGUUGUUAACUAAUGAGAGCUCAAAAGAUUUAGAACAUGGUGAUAAACUUCAUUUACACAAAUCAUCGGAUGUAAUUGCUGAAGAGAUCUUUAACGGAUUAGUAGACUUGUCUGGAACUGUAGCAAAUAUUAAUCGAUUGGCAAUUUACGCUGGCCGAUCUAAAUUUGCUGAUGAAUUUACAAAACGUGGAGGUCUAACAAUAUUUCUGCAAAGAUUGGAAGAAUCAAUUCAGCAAGAUUGCUUUGCUUCUUUCCUCCAGUGUGUUCGAGGUUUAUGGCAACUUGGAAAAAUUAAUUGGAAUGAUAAAGCAAUCCAUAAAAUCAUUGAUAAAUGUGUAACCUAUAUUGAGCAAGCUGCUAAAAAUUCACCAAUAGCUGUAAAAAGCGUGGUGCAAUCAUUGGAAUUUUUUCAUGAUGGUGUAUCGAAAUACCCUGAUUUAUAUAAAGAAAUUAGCGAAAAAGUAUCAUAUGGGUUAUUAAAUCGUUGCUUAGAGUGGACUGAUGAUGAUAUCCAGAGUAGUUCAUUGGCUCUGAUUGUUGCUCUCUUAAAAGGAAAAGUUGACAGAAGUAGCUGGAAGGCAACCAGAGAAAUUAUCUAUAAAGAAGACAUUCGGGAUACAAUUGUCAAGAAUGUUAUCCGUCGAAGUGGUGGUAUAAGGGAAUUAAGGCAAAGCGAUUCCAAGAAAAGAAAGUCUCAACAGUUACUUGCUUUCCAGCAUUUGAUGUUGAAUACUCUAAUUGGACGCAUGUCAUUAUCUUCAAUAACACCUGAUAAGGUAAAGAGUAAACUGGAUCAGCUACGAAAAACAGUUCGCGAAGCAGGUGUCUAUGCUGUUGCUGGCGCUGAUGAAGAGAUUGAAAUGAAUAACGAAACGGAUUUCAAGAUCUUAGGCAGUAUGAAUCCAAGAGAUCCCACACUUGACUUGAACGAUGAACCAUCUGGUCUCUUGGCUUUAGAUAAUAUGAUUUUCUUCUCCAAUAAACAAAACGACAAUUUUAGGAAGUUUAUUUUGGAAAAUUGUGGAUGUAAUGAUAGUCAAGCUUGUCCAUUCAUGAAAUCAAGUAUUGCACUGACAAAGUUAUUAUGCAAUCUACUAAAAAUUGGAGAUGCAUCAUUUUCCUUAAAUGAGAAUGAUUCCUACAUCGAAGUAUUUUUCGAUUCCGAUACGGUUUUCGAGGAAUUAUUUUGCGUCUGUAUUCAAAUUUGGAGCAAGACAUGGAAAGAAAUGCAUGCUACUUCUGAAGAUUUUAACAAGGUUUUAAAUAUCGUUCAAGAGCAAAUUACAAGAAGUUUGCGUGAUAAUCCAACUACAAUUGAUAUCUUUAAGAUUACAAUAUCACGAUUGAACUUUAACCAAAUACUGAAGCUAUUACACUCUGAUAUUCAAGAUACGAUAGAAAAGAACUGCAAAGAGAAAGUUAUCAAAGAAUUAACUGGACGCUUGACACCUAAAAUUAAAGCUUUAAUAAAGCAGCAGCGUUUAAAUCAGUUAGUCAAAGGAGAAUUAUUUGUUAAAGCACUUAAAAAGGAGAGAGGAUAUCUUGCUAUGCGUCUUUCUCCAAAUUACAAAGUUCUACACUAUAAAGAAUUAGAAGACUCUAAUAUUCCGCAAUUAGAUGAAAUGUCCAAGAAAAUCCCUGUAACAGAUAUAACUGAAGUUAAAACUGAUAAUGAAGCUCAAAAAGGAAGAGGCCCAAAAUCGGCCUAUCAAUUGAAUAUUUACUAUAAAGAUGAAGAUAAUCAUAUUCAGGAGCUUAAUUUAGCUUGUAAUGGAGAAGCGACACACUCCAUAUGGUGCGACGGCAUUCUAUGUUUGCUAGGCAAAGAAAUGACGAGUGCGGAAGCUGAUAAUGAUUUUAACACGCUGAUCAAAAUGGAUAUCAGACUUCGACUGUUAGAGAUAGAAAAUGUCAAAUUACCAAAGCUGCCCCCACCUAUUCCUCCUGAACCGGAUAAUUUCAACUUUGUUGACGAAUAUUAUCAUUAG